CUGCUGGCUACAAUCCGAUGCAGCUGAAGGCCGCGGCCAUGGUGGACCACAAUCCGUAUAACUACGGUUCGAGUUACUACGCGAGUAUGAUGCUGCAACACCAGCUGGCCGCCGUGUCGAUGGCAGCUGGUGGUGGAGGAGAGAAGAAGAACAAGCAGGAGAGUGACAAUUCGUCUGACGAGGAAGAUAGUACAACUCAGAAACGGAGAAACCACAAGAAGAAGAAAGGUUCCAAGCAGAAUAAAUCCAAGGCGGAGAAUAUGGAUGUGUCAGGAUCGAAAUCGAGAAAAUCGAAAAAUUUGUGAUGCAUAAAGUGUAGGGCACUGAAGGGCUGUAUUGGGGAGCAGGCAAAUGAGACCGAUUGUAAGCCUGUUUAGGGGUAUACAAUGUGCUGCCAGAGUAGCAUCAUGACAGGACCAGUCUUCUGUGCCUAAACAGCAUGACAGACUGGAUUUGGGUGCUCCCGAAAUUUGUCAUGUGCCACUUGGAAACUGAGGCUCCAACUGACAUCGAUUUUGUGCAUCACAAGUUUUUCGAUUUUGCCAAUUUCGAUUCUGACACUCCCAUAGAGAAGGACGCGGAGGCGAUCGCCCGUGAGGAGAUUAUGCGGGAUCUAGCUUCCGAUGACGGCUUAUGAGAGCGCACAACUCCCCCUCCCCCUCAUUUGUAUAGCAUGAACGGCAAUACAAGCAUCAGCAGGAAUGCCGGCUUUGCAUGACAAAUCUACACUGGAUUCUAGUGCUAUUUGGGCUACCAGAGUGAGCUUGUCAUGCAAACAGUGCCAAGAGGAAGAGGCAAAGGGUGGAUUUGGCAUUUUGCAUGACAGAUGAGGGGGAGGGGGAGUUGUGCGCUGUCAUACGGCUUCUCCCCUCGGGAAAGGAAGUAUUCCAAAGGGGUAGAAAACGAGGACACCCCGGGGGAGCAUCAUGAUCAGGAUCACGGCAGCGACAGCGACGAAGCCAUGUUUCACUCCUCCUCGAAGAUGAACAAGGAUAAAAAACGGAAGAAAUCUACUUCCAAACAUGAGGCGGAAAAGAGGAAGAAAAAGGGAAAGCACGGCUGUAAUGCUAAAGGUGCGGUCAUGUCCGAAAACCAGAUCCUAAACCCGUAUGACGGCGGAUCACAUCAAACGGGAGCUUCUAGUGCUGCGGGUGUUAGUACUUCUAAAAGUGGUCAUCAUCAUUUUAUUCCGGGUCGUUCAGCGGAACAAGCAGUAGAGAUGGACCAGCAGAACAUGUUCGAGAACGGGUGGCUGAAGCACGAACACGAGCACGGCAACGUCGACUUUGACAGCAACCAUCAGUUGGCAAAAGCACUGCACCUGGGGUCGCCACCUGGUACGGCUGGAGCUCCUGCAGUGGCGGGCGAAACUAGUACCAGCAUCCAGCAUGGUCAUGGCCAAGCGGCGCACUGGCAACAUCAAAAAACUGGUGCUGGUCAUAAUUCCCUACAACCGCAACAAGGAGGAGGCUUUGGCAGACAACCGCAGCUGCUGCAAAACCACGUCGGAGCCACCGCUCUGCUACCAAAUCAGAUCAAGAACGGCGACCCCACGACAGGAGCCCCUGCAGCUGCCCCUCGUUCCCCCAUCGAUCUCGCGAGCGUCGCUCCCGGCGCCGUGGUGCGUCGUGUCGGAAAGCGGCAAGUGCGUUGCUUCUUCCCGGGGAAGCUGCGUAGUGGCAAUAUGCGCCGUUCGGGCGGCGGAACGGGCACGAACAGGAAGCGGAAGAUGACCGGAAGUCCGAAAUUUUCCAAGAUGUGCACCAGUACGACUGAACGUCGCACUGAAGAUAUUAUCGAACCUGGAGAACUGAAAACUGGUGACACUAUUACUGCACCACCGUCAGUAGUAGAACAUCAAGUGGCUUCAUUCCAACAUCCUGCUGUCGAGUAUAGUGGCGAGAGGGACGAUCAGAACAAAAACCAUCACGUUCUGGCAGACCAAGCUCAGGAACAGUACGUUCAUGAUACGCCGGAAAUAGACGAAGGCAACAGUACCUACGACGCUUCUUAUGUGGCGCAACGACCUACCGUGCCAGCAUCCGUUGCCACACAAGUUCUGAAUCCGUACCCGGCUUCGGUGCCCUGUGGUGGUGGUUUGGCAACUGGUGGCAAUUCUGAACAAAACGUAAUGAAUAGCUGCAGCUCGUCCACACGACGCGGCAUCAUUGAUAACACCAGUGGCAGUGGGUCCUGCACGACCUACGAAAAUCUCCGUCAUCAGCGGCAUCCUGCCCACGCUUCUCGCUACGACUCGAUUGGCGCUGCACCAACUUCAAACGGAGCAAACACGUAUAAUAAUGCGUCGGCUUCCCAUCAGCAACAUCAACGCUCCUCGCGGUUGCUGCAAACGUGCCACGCCACGGUGGACCUGCGGAUCGUGAAAAUGUCGGGGGUGGAUAUCUCAAGGAUUGCCGGUGAUCGCUGUGCGAACCUGCAGGAGAUUCGGGCGUCGACCGAAACGGACAUCUUUGCGGGCUACGGAGAAAUUCAGAUCGCCGGGGGGUUGACACAGGUACUACAUGUAAAGUAAAAUUCUGGAGUUGUUGACCUCUGUGUGACGAGAUUUAUUUUGAAGCAAAGGUACAACUAGUCGUGUACGUGUUUUGGUUUUCGUGUUGAAGUUGCAAUUUCUUGUUCAUGCUCCUGGUUUUCGGCGCAGCAAUGAGAAAAAAAACCAAAAGGUGAUUGAUGCGCUGAGCCAAACCAUGGAUGUUCAUGGGAAAGCAGUCGCGAAGGAAGCAGAGACCAAGUAUCUUCGGAAAGAACAUCGCGAAGCAGGAGGUGCUGGCCGGGAAAGGGAAAACCGGAAUAAAGAUGUUGACGGCGUGCACGAGCAAGGGCAUGAUGAAGAUGAACCUCAACACCAGACCACUUCUCGUGUCCAUCGCCCUGCCCAUCGGAGCCGUUCCCGGGGACCGCGCAGAAAGAGUGGUGGAGGCCACCGCCCGGGGAGCGCGGGGCUGCGAAAACUGGCACCGGCGCAAAUGCAGCGGGGCGGCGGUGGCCCUUCGCGGGAGAAGAGUAUUUCGAGGUUGCGUCAGACGCUGGACAAGGUGCACCGUGUGGAGCGGCAACGGAAAUUGCUUAACAAUGCGAACGCGAAGAUGAUCGAGAACGGCAACAAUAAAGCUGUGCGGAAAAGUAAUGGGAAAGAACGCGAAGGAGCUGCACGGGGAAAGCUGCAUGCUCGUAGUACCUCCUCUUCACGGGACGAAGUAGGUGGAGAAGCAAAAGAGGCCCCGGACAGUGGCUGCAAGUUCGGCUCAUGCUCCACAGAUGCAAAUGCUCAAGAGGAUACUGCAAGAGCCGAUUCAUCCGGAAGAAGAUGUGGAGGUGGUAAAAGAAAGAAGCAAACAGGGAAUAAUAAAGCUGGAUCCCCGAAGAUGAACAAGUUGAUGAACAAGAACAACCCAAAUUUGAUUCCGCUGCCAGCGUCUUUUCGCGAGCAGAACAAGGAGGGAUCACGCGGAGCAGGCGGGGAAAUGAAAUCUAGUAAAACAACUGCUGCCCCUGGCGGUGCUGCUUCGGCUGGUUCUGCGGGUGCUAUUGUCGGCAAGAGCCGGUUCGGCGACUACCAGCCACCUGCCAUGAAGGUGACGGUGGACAUGACGCCAUGUAGUUCCUCUCACGAUCAUCAUGAUGUUGACCAAAAGCCGCAAAGUAAAAACCUCCACGCCACGAGGACCAAAAGAACUUCUACUUGUACUUCUGGCGAAAGCAAUAGGCAUCGAACCAUCCGGGUGGGCGGCGUCACGUUGACGAAUAAGAAGAACCUGCAAGAACAAGUAGUAGGUGGCACUGCUUGUGCUUCUGGAACUCCGUCAGAAGGACGAAAUAAUAAACCUACCUUGCGACGACGCCGCAAUGCACAACCCGAAAAUACCGGUGUUAUUCAACACGAUCAGGCAGACGACAACAGCAACGGACACGGCAAACCUUCCAAGCGAGCUGGACGAGUAGAGGAAGGAGCUGCGUCAGGCGAGGGAUCGAACAGGAAGAAAAGAAGCUUAAACGAGCGGGAAGAUGACACUGGAACCCGUCGUCGUGGUGCGCGUAGUGAUGACAACCUUUCGAACACCACAUCGACACGGGAAACAGAGACGCGCAACACCGCAUCUUCUACGGCGGCCGCAGCACAAGUGCUGCGAGCAGGAGCUGUUCCGAGCCGAAGUGGAGGAGCCACAGGCGCGGGCGGCGGAGCAGCUGGACAGGUGGUAUGAGCUUGUAUUUGAUGUUGAAGAACUUUUUUGCAGUUUUGCGAAUACAAGCCAAGUUGUUGAAAGAUUCGGAAUAAAAAUAAAAUUUUGAAAUUUCGCGGAUUUUCGAACGCGAUAAAAAUAAAACUUUGCAACUUCGUGGAUUUGAAAACGUAUGAAAAUUGAUUAAGAAUAAGGCGUUGAAACUUCGCGGCUUCACAAAGUGUGAUAACUGCAGCAGUUUCAGAGAACCAAGGUGAUAAAAAUAAAAUUUUGAAAUUUCGCGGAUUGCAAAACGCGAUAAAAAUAAAACUUUGAAAUUUCGCGGCUGUGGCUUGUAACAAAAACAAGAGGAGCAUUUUUGUGGCUCUGAUGUUUAGGAAAAUUCAGUACAUCAUACCCAGAGUGGUCAUGUUGUUUCAAAACAAUAAACAGACUCCUGAUGGGCGCCGACAGGGGACGAGCCGCUACGACGACCGGGGUCAGGACCGACGGGACCUAAGGAACAACACCGAAAAUAGUAAUCACGGCCGCACUGACCGCGAUGCACAAUCGCGAGGACGUCGUGGAGGUGGCAAAAGAGCGGAUCAUUCUUACGACGAAGAACGACGCGCUGAGGGGAACAAUUACACAACCGCGGGAGAGCCUUACGAUCACGAAUUUCACCCAGACCGCUCUGAAAACAAAAGCAGGUACGGUACUCGGUCCGCGCGCCAGCAGACAACUAGUAACCCUUUUGACGACCGGACUCGUUACAACAACCGGGAAGAACGUGAAGAAGCUCAUCACUACUACAACCAAUCGCGCACGACCGGCCAACAUCAUGAUCGAUCCAACCGACACUGCUCUCGCCGCCGGCAGCGGGAUGCUGUUGACGGGAGUGACGAUGCUGAAGCGCACGAUUACAGCGGCCGCCGGGCAGCGAAAAAGCAGCGAACUUCGCACUGGGACGAGUAUAGUGCGCCGCACGGUGCUGGAACUUCUAACACUGGGGGUCGCGGAUCGCGAUGAUCGUGUUUUCAGGAAUGGAAACUUGCCAAAAUUAUCUUAUGAACAGACCUACAAGGAGGAGCCAACGAGAAGAAGCACUACAGCGUGGCGUUUUUCUUUUGUGGCGGUGGUCCCCCUUCUUAUGGUCUUUUUGCCUUCUUUUUCCUGAAAAUUACGUAAAAAAGAUCGUUUCAAGUAUGAGUUCCACGAAAAGUAGUAAGUAUAAAAAACAUUGAAAUAUUACAAAAAAAAAUGUCGAUCGAAUAGAAAAGUAGUCCCUCGUGCACCACUCCUAAGGCGAUGUUGUAUCUUGGUCGAUUUGAUAUUGAUGGCUUUCCUCCGGGGGCCAAAUUAUUUUUCCAGCAAUUCUUCCGGGUAAGUACCCGGUACUACCGUUGCUUCCACCUGCUUCACUCUGAGGCAGGCGGAUACUCAAUACAUUUUGAUUUGUAGAAGUUAUUUUAGGAUCCUAAAAUAGAAAACCACUCACUCUGAAGUCUGUGGGAUCUUCCGGAGUUCACUUUCUACGGGAUUUUGAUAGACUCACCACCUUCGUAGAUGUCCUCGUUAGCACAAGGCAGUGGUUGGCGAGAUCAUACUCAUGCUUCAGCACCCAGUAGCAAAUCAAAACAACCCUCUCACCACGAAAAAUACCACACCAGAUUUUUUGCGCUCCAAGUCUAGUAGAUUUGGACAGCAAAAAAUGGUGGCAGCGUAAUUAUAUGACCAUGACGAGGACGAAGGCCACACGGUGGGUAUACAUUUACCGUUAGAUUCUGCCUUUUUAGGUCGGACAAAAGGGCGGGCGGGCGUGUUGUUUCAUCAGUGAGGUCCCGUCCGCGCCACCCCCGACUUGCUACGAGAUGGAAAACGAAAACCACAAGCACCUGAGAAUAAAGAAAGGAAAUAGAAAGUCCGUGGAUCGACAAAAAUCGGCAUAUUAUAACUGCCCCGUGCUCGUCUAGCAGCUGCUGUAAGGUGCUUUCAGCAGCGACGACGCUACUAUACGAAAUACGAGCUAAUUACGAAUUACUUUAAGUAGAUAGAUUUUGACGUGAAGAAGUUUCUCCUUUUCCCCUAUAUUGCGAAGACCCUGACCUCCCUCUGUAAUUAAAAAGAGUUACUCUAAAAUUUCUGUUGAAUGGAAUUUUGAGAAGCAAGGAAGUAGUACCACGUCAUUUGCAUCGCAACUGGCGGAAGGUAUUUUCACCCGGCGACGUACUAUUCGAAAACAGUCGGUAGAUGAUAGAAACGAGGAAGGACGGGGCUUUCAUAUAUGUUUCGAAUAUAAUAACGCGAGGCCAUUAUACUACAUCUGCUGCGUCCUGGUGUCGGAAAUGAAGGAAUUACGGCUCCUGCGCCACGACCUGCUGUAUCGCCGCACUCCUGAAGAAAACUAUCGGAACACGACAACGGACGAAACGAUAACUUUCCCGAACAAAAGUGAGUUUUUUUCUGGAUUGCGAAAAAUGACCUGGCUAUGUACGUGGUGCGGUAAGUAGAAUGUAUGAAGUCCUCUUCGUCUGUGCAGAUCACAAACGGAUCGAUGAAGCCAACUUAACAACGACUAGGAGCAUUGAAGGCGAAGAGGAUAGGUUCGAGCUAGAUGCAGGGGCGCUGGUCGGCAGUUGGUCCUCGUGCAUUGGACAAUCACGAAGUCUUUAGCUUUACUAUUUUGAAUUUCCCAAUGGGGCGUAGCUUGGGUGUAGUAGAAAAUAAUUUAAUCAAGAAAAAAAAAGCUAACGAUUGACUUUCGAAGUAAUGACGAGAGCUGCUGGUUACUAGACUGUAGUCUUGACGUCGAGGCUGUGUUUUUGAUAGAUCUCGAACUUCUUGAGAAUAAAUUCAGUUGCUGCAGUUUGUUGCUUGCGCUGCCAGUUUUGGACCUUCAGGACGACAAAAGUUCUUUGCUGUACUUGCUUCUGCGGAUGAAAUUUACUGUUUCACCGAAAGGUUGUUGCUGUUGCAUUGCUUCCUCGACUUUCUUCGAUACUUGAGCUUUAUUGUUCGUGAGCUUUGUUUUUGAAUGCAUUUUAGCGUUGUUAGUUUUUCUUCUGCAUUUGUAUCGAGUUGGAAUUAAUUUCUUCUCGCGUAUUCCCUUUUGCGGGUAGGUUCGGUUGGGUGUAACUCGCACACCAGGAGUGGUUUGGGUGUAAACCAAGAGCGCACAUUAAGUACGAAGUAUAUGGAAUCCCAACUAGGGCGGCGAGUGUAGUGUUAACUCAACAUUGAGUGUAAAAACAAGAGCCAAGCUAAAAGCACUGCCAUCAGAACAACCAGGGUGUAACUCCCUUUCUGCUAACUCUUUCGAAAAGAAGGUCAAGCGAUGUUUUUUCGGUCGCUGCGAAUUGACCGAAUAGAACACUUGGAAAACCAAAA